AUGGCGCCCAGAGUUGAUGAGAUCGAUGAGAAGAAACAGGGUGGUUAUGCCCUGGGGACGGAGGUGAAUGAAUCGAACUCGUUUGAAACCAUCAAUGCACUAGUUGCUGAAGAUCAUCAACAUGACAUCAAGCUACGCACCAUGUCCUGGCAAAAAACCGCCGUUCUGCUGGCUGGAGAUCAGGUUUGCUUGGCCAUUAUGGCGCAGUCGUGGUCUCUCAGUGUACUUGGUUGGGUACCCGGCAUCAUCACCAUGGUGCUUGCGGGGAUUCUUUUCUGGCUUACCUCGAUCACGAUGCAUAAGUAUAUCAUGAAGAACCCCCAGAUCAAGGACAUCUGUGACUUCGGAUACUACGUCUUCGGACAGAGCAAAGCCGCCUACGUUUUCUCCGCAUUCAUGCUGCUAGCGAACAAUAUUCUCCUCAUCGGAUUCCAUGUUCUCACUGGUGCUAAGGUCCUGAAUACCUUAUCCGGCCACACCUUGUGCACUGCUGUCUUCUCUGUUAUUACGACCCUGAUGGGUAUUGUCAUGUCGACCCCACGGACUCUGCACCACGUCAGUUUCAUGUCGAUGUUUUCCUCCGCCUGCAUGGGAAUCGCAAUCCUCCUCUUCCUCGUCUUCGCUGGUAUCGAGAAUGCUCCUCUCUAUGGAUACUCUGGCGAUUAUCCAACAGACGGACCCGUGAAAACAUACGCAUUCCCCCUCCCAGGAACAACCUUUGUCAACUGCAUGAAUGCUGUGUUGAACAUCACCUUCCUCUGGGUCCCGCAAAUUCUCUUCCCGUCCUUCAUCGCCGAAAUGGAACGCCCCCAGGACUUCCCCAAAGCACUGGCGGUUCUCGGGGUGAUCUCAGCCAUUCUGUUUAUUGUACCUCCUGCUAUCGGAUUCCGAUACUUGGGUCAAUAUGCCACCGCUCCAGCAUUUGGAAGUCUAGGCGUUAUCUCAUACAAGAAGGCUUCAUUCGGGUUCGUAAUCGUCCCGACACUUAUCAUUGGCGUGAUCUAUGCCAAUGUAACCGCGAAGUUCAUCUACCUCCGCAUCAUGGGAAAGUCCAGACAUGCGCACAGCAACACCGUUAUCGGCUGGGGUGUCUGGGUUCUCGUGAUGGUUGUCAUCUGGCUUAUCGCGUUCGUUUUCUCUGAGGUUGUGCCUAGCAUGGGUGAUUUCCUCUCUCUGCUUGGCGCGGCAUUCGAUUCAUUUUUCGGGUUCAUCUUUUUCGCUGUCGCUUAUUGGCAGCUGAACCGGGGUAAACUGUUUGCAGGCAUUAAACAGACGACUAUGACUUUGAUCAAUGUGUUCGUCAUGGCUGUGGGAUUGUUCUUGUUAGGCCCGGGGCUGUAUGCUGCAGUGGAGGCUAUCAUUACUGAUUAUUCAGGAAGUGUGACGCCUGCUUUCACCUGUGCUAAUAUGGCUAUAUAA